AUGUCUCCCGGCUGCGGCCUCGGCGACGGCGUGCUCAGUGAGGCUGUGGGCUGUGGCGUGUGCAUGGGCGUGUGGCCUGUGCCGCGUGCCGCGGACGGCGGCGGCGCGUGGGCGGGUGGCCCGCCCGGCCGUCGAUCCGACUGCGAGACCUCCUCUGGCUCCUACAAUCGGGGCGCUUCCGCUCGCGCCCCCUCAGCCCUUCACUCCGCCAACCUUUACUCCGCCAUCCUCGCCGCCACCACCAGCGUAUCCGCCGCCCUCGUAUCCCCCGCCCUCUCCUCCAGCAUCUUCGCCUCUGCCACCUUCGUUUCCGCCAGCGUCACCUCAGCCGUGGUUCCCACCGCCAUUCUCGCCACCACCUUUUCUACCACCCUCACCGCCGUCACCGUCGCCAUCGCCGCCGCUCGCACCGCCGACGCCGCCAUCCUCACCGUCGCUUUCGCCGCCAGCAGUGCCACCACCAACCUCGCCGACGCCGCCUUCAGCGCCGACGCCGCCAGCGAUACCUUCACCGGCAUCGCCUUCACCGGCAUCGCCGACGCCGCCUUCGGCACCGACGCCGCCAGCGACACCUUCACCGGCAUCGCCUCCACCGGCAUCGCCGACGCCGCCUUCGGCACCGACGCCGCCAGCGAUACCUUCACCGGCAUCGCCUCCACCGGCAUCGCCGACGCCGCCUUCAGCGCCGACGCCGCCAGCGAUACCUUCACCGGCAUCGCCUUCACCGGCAUCGCCGACGCCGCCUUCGGCACCGACGCCGCCAGCGAUACCUUCACCGGCAUCGCCUCCACCGGCAUCGCCGACGCCGCCUUCGGCACCGACGCCGCCAGCGAUACCUUCACCGGCAUCGCCUCCACCGGCAUCGCCGACGCCGCCUUCGGCACCGACGCCGCCAGUGAUACCUUCACCGGCAUCUCCUCCACCGGCAUCGCCUCUAGCCGGCGCUCCCUCGGCGCCCGCCCCGCUGGCUCUGGCGAGGCUGGCUCUGGCGAGGCUGGCUCUGGUGAGCAGCCACGGGCGCCGCCGCCGCUGCCGCCGUGGCUGCCGCCGCCGCUGCCGCCGCUGCUACCGCCGCCGGCUGCGCCGACACCGGCUGCGCCGCCGCCGCUGCCGCCGCCGCCUAUCACCCCAGGGUCGGGCGAAGAGCCGGGAUCGGGCGAGCCGGGAUCGGGCGAGCCGGGAUCGGGCGAGCCGGGAUCGGGCGAGGCGCCGUCCCUUCCUCCGCCUCCGCUCCAGCCGCCAAAGCCGCCUCCGCUGCUGCCUCCAUCGCCAGCUCCGCCCCGCAUCCCUCUCGGCGACCCGCAGGCGCCCCCGUCACCUCCAUCCACACCGCCGCCGCCGCCGCUACCGCCGCCCUCGCCGCCGCCGCCGUUGCCGCCGCCGCCGUCACCGCCGCUGUGUGAAGCCGUGCUCGCGGACCAGGGGGACGGCUUGGGCCCGCUCAUCGACCUGAGCGCCCUGGACCCGCCCGAGUCUUGCCACACGGACCCCGCGCGGUUGUACGACCCUCUGCUCUGCGAGCGAGCAUACUGGCGCCAGCCCGAGGGCGCGCUGCAGCGCUGCGAGCACGCCUUCGGAGGCGUCGGCGGCCAGGAGCCGACGUGCCUGCUCUCGACUGAGCUCGUAAUCUGCUCGCCGCCGCCGCCGCCACUCGCUACGCCGGCCGGCUUCUGCGCGCAGCUCGAGCGGAUGACUGACUUGCGCUCGCUCUCGCCUCCACAAACCUGCCACUCCGACGCUACCCGCGCCCAACAGCCGGAGAAGUGCGCGGAGGCCUACGUCACGCAGGGCAACGGGCUUCUUCAGCGGUGUAAGCACGUCGGAGGUGGGCCGGCCGCCGCCGCCACUUGUGUCAUGUCCCGCUUCAUGACCCGCUGUGGCCUGCCGCCCACCCCUGACGAUCUCUCGCCGCCGCCUGGUCCGACGCCGCUCUCGAUCCCUCCGCCCUCGACCCCGUCCCAGCAGCCGCAGGCACUGCCGCCAAUGAGCGAGGCCGCCAUUGCCAUCGUUAUCGUCGCGGGUCUGUUGUCCUUCGUUGUCUGCCUCUGCCUCGCCGAAAUCUGCUUUCUCUCCACACUGCGGAGGCAGCGGGUGUCACCGCAGCCGUGGCUGACCGCCGGGGUGGUGCGGCGCCGCGGCCGAAAGGGGCGCCGGAGGACGGGGCUGGCGACGCCACGCACUCGGGAGGUCGAGCGCGGCGGCUACGACAUGACUCCCGUGCUCGCUGGCGGCGGCGGGUAUGCCCUCGAGCGCCAGGUGGAGAUGAUGCAGGGAGGCGCAUACGACGGCACGCCCCCGCGGCCAGCUCAAGACCCUUGGUAUCACUCCCCCGCUCGGUGCCAAUCACCCGGUGAGCCGGCGAGAAGUAACGAGUACAUCGAGCGGCUCGGGCGGGCGGCCUCAGCACGCCAGACACCACCCCGUGGCGCCGCCUCCAGCGCAAGCGGCGGCAGCGGCAGCGGCGGCGUUGUUGGCACGGCGCCCAAGGACAUCGAGAUGCACAUCGAGCGGCUCGAGCGCGCCACCGCGGACAUCCGCGCGAGGCGCACCGCGCACUCCAACAUCUCCGACAGUGACCCCUCUCGCACCGGGACCCCGACGAACAGUGGCGCGGGGAACAAGCAACGCGACACCUUCCAAACGCUGCAGUUGUCGCACUCCAAGACGACCGAGGAUCCUGGUGCUCGCCAAGCCGGAGGCGGAGCCUCCGACGAUUGGUUGUACUAA